AACAUGCUGUUAGAGAGAAAAAACAAGAUAAGGGAACGACAAACAAGGAGCGGGAAUUCCUUCCUCAUUUUUUCAGUCCUAAACUUGAUAUCUGUUCGGCGCCUGAUUCCGGCGACGACCAAAUUUUCCGGCGAUUACCAAUCUCCCCCUCUUCAGAGUAGGUGAAGAGUAGACUCAACAAUGAUAUUUGAUUAUUAAGAAGAAUAGGGUUUGGUUCAAUUUUGUAUGCAGUAGUUGAAGAUUAAACUCAACAAUCAUAUUUGAUAUAAUGGAAACCAAGACAGUUGCUGAUGAUCAAAAGAAGCGGGCUUUGGAGGCGUUGGAACGCAGGUUUGCAUUCGCCAAAGCCGAGUCUCAGCGCCAACAAGGAAGGCAGAAGAGAAGGCGUGACAACUCUAAUUUAAAGCCUGCACCUGCUCCCACUUCUUCUGCUGGACCAUCAGUUGAGGCAUCACCUGCUUUUGGGCGGAAUACUUCGUCCACGAAAGUUGCAGACUUGGAAUCAGACGGUCUUACAUACUCGUCUAUAUGUCAGCCUGUGCACAAAAACCUACUGACUGCUGUUGAGACAUCUAAUGAAGAUAAGAGCGCAGUGGAUAAAAUUUUGCAUGAGCUCCUUCAGAAGGGUGAUUCAGCUCAGAAGUACAUUCAGGGAUCUAGGAGCAUAAAGAUGGAGAAUUGGAUUUUACUUGAUAAGUUUGUUCAGGCGAAUAAGCCAUCUGUUGCUCGCUUGCGAGCAUUGCAAGCAAACUCCAAACGCUCUAAGAAGCAUAUGUCCAUGAAACAGCUUAAGAAAUGUGGAUUAUUAAAUCUGCCUCAGAAACUAAGAAAAUUUGAGCUCUUUCUGCCAAUGCAUGAUAUGUGGAAAGACUAUGUGAUGCAACUUCUAAAAAAUUCCGGGAAAAAUCAUGUGGCCCAGUCUCUUCUAGUUGCAGAUCUCCAUGGUGCUAUUCUUCGAGUGAUUGAAUGCAAAAUUGAUUCUUUUAUCGGGGUGGUCGGCAUCAUGAUCCGUGAAACAGCUGAGACAUUUGGAAUAAUUACUCAAGAAAAUAACUUCCGAGUUGUUCCCAAAAGGAAUUCUGUCUUUGUCUUUCAAGCUGAUUGCUGGAGAAUCACACUGCACGGUGAUAAAUGCACUUCGAGGAAGUUGGAUAUAUCUUAGAGGCAUCAGCAAAUUGCAGAAUGGUAUUGUAAUUAUCGCCAAUGGAAUGAAUAUAAGCUGACUUCAAGCUCUAGCCAAGUUUGUCGUGGCAAAAAGUUGACAAAUAAUCAAAUCUGAGGUGCAACUUUGUUGCUGAUGCAUAUCGCUUGCCAGGUGUGCUUGCAGAUAUGGUAUCUUCUCCUCUGGGUUGUACUGAGAACACAAUUUGAUUUCUAGAAUUUGGGUCAAAUGAGAAAAUGACUGAUCGAUGUUGGAAACUGGAAUAUUUGGUGGGAUCUGCAUCAAAUAAUGUCUUUCUUUGCAUUCUUGAAGUAUGCUUUUACCCUUCAAUUGAGGGGUUUGUGGGAGGUGCAAUGUGAUACUCAUACCUGGUGGCAGUAACAGUGAGAAUGUGACAUCCUCUUAUGAAAAGGUUCUUAGUUAGCUAGUAAGCUCCUUGUUAAAGAGAUUAUCUUUAGAGUUUCUUGUAGAUGUUGUGAGCUUGAAAGGCAUUUAUUAAUUUCUUAAGCUUAGCAUUUGUUGUAGAGUGUUGAAGGCUUGUUUCUUCACUCUGAUUUGUACUUCCUUUUUUUUGGUAGUCAAUAAAAAUUUUGAAUUGCCAAAAAAAAAAAAAGGUUCUGUCAGGUAUCAAUGUGGACUGGCUUCAAGAUUUUGUUGUUUUGCCUUCAUCUUGGUUAGUUCAAAAUCUUUACCAUCAGUCUGAAAUCCUUGUAAUGCAAAGGUAGUUUGUAAUUCAAAGUAGUGAAAAUCUUUUUCUUUGAAUCCA